AUGUCUUAUGGCUGGGUAACUGAGAGUGCUUUGCUUCCUAAAAAGUCUAAAGAAAUUCCGGUUGACUCAAAAUCCUUUAUUGGUCUUCAAACACAGAUUUUUGAACUUUCACAAGAAAAAGCAAGUAAUUCAAAAAUUCCAACUGGGAGAUCAUUAAAGGAAAUAUUAAUAACUCCCCCCCCCAUCCUUGAUCGAACGACUCGCCAUCGUUCGAUCAAGGAUGGGGGUUAAAAAAAAAAUUUUUUGGGGUAAAAAAAUUUAUAUAUAUAUAUAAAAUAAAAAAAAUAUGUUUUUUUUUUAUACUUUUAAUUAAGAGGGUUAAGAGUAUUUAAUAAUUAUUUUUACAGCAAAAAAUUGAAUUAAUUUCAUAAGAAUACCAAUUUUAAUAUUUUGAUUUUUUGGUUACCCCUUUAAACUUUAUAAAUUUUGAUUUGUUCUUUAUUGAAUUUUUGAUUUUUUUUUUUCAAAUUUUAAAGAAUCUCUAUUUUAUUAGAUUAUUGAGUUUUUAAGCCUAGGUUGAUGACUAAAUCACUUCGAAUGGUUGAUUUCGUAGCUUUCUGUCGUCUCAAGGCCUCUGAAAACAACUUCAUUAGGCACAUUUCCCAAGCUUUUGAUAACUAAUAUGUUUUUUAUAUAUAUAAAAAUUUGCAUGAUAUGAAAAUCGUUCGAUCAAGGGGUUAAUUUUCCCCAAUUUUUAGGAAUUUUUACAGUCAAUCGUUCGAUCAAGGAUGGGGGGGGGGGGAGUAAGGAAAAAAGUCCAACCACCACCACCAGCAGAAGAAUCCAAAGAAGUUGAUAAUAGAGUAAACCAAAAUUUAAUAAGCAGAUGUGAUAUUUAUCAAGAAAUGAAAACCAAAGGAUGUGAAGAAAACGAAAAAUUUUUGGUCAAUUUUAAUAAAGAUUCUGAUUCUUCAGAUGAAGAUAAGAACACAAAUAGCGAAUCAAAAAAGGAAAAUCCUUUAAACUACGAAAGAGAAACAGCAUAUAAAUCUCAAAAAAUUGUAAAGCAAAGCUAUGAUCACACGCUAACACAGUUAGAAAAAGACUCACUUCCAGAAGUUCUCAAUGAAAAAGAAUUGCUAAAGCAGCAGCAAAUUUUAAUAAAGAAAAAGAGACAAGAAAGGCUAGAAGCAAGAAAAGAAAAAGUCAGGAAAAUGAAAUCUUUUGAAAAUGUAUAACUCCCCCCCCCCCUCCGUGAGCGAACAAAAAAAUUUGUUCGCUCACGGAGGGGGGGUUAAUUUUUUUUUUUAAAAAAAAUUUAUAUAUAAAUUUUAUAAAAAAUAUUUUUUUCGAAAUUUAAAAAAAUCCUAAUUUGCAAAAAUUGGGAAGCAAAUAUUAAUUUAAUUUGCAAAAUUUAUGUUUUAAAACGCAAUUUGUUUAAAAUUAAACAGAAUUAGCUCUAGAUUUCAUUAUACUAAUUAUCACUUAUAUAUCAAAAUUUUUUUCCAUUAAAUUUUUUUCUAUUAAAAAAAUUUUUGUUCACUCACGGAGGGUGGGUUUUUGGUCAAAAAAUGGCGAUUUUUCUAAUGGUUUUGUUCGCUCACGGGGGGGGGGGGGGGGAGUAA